AUGGUCCCGGAAUGGGCUCUGGGUAUGGCGGCCUUGCAAUUCUGCAAGGCAAAUCAAUUGGCUAACAAGUUAGCCACUACUCGUCAACAAGCAUUCUUCAUUCUAAUGGGCGGCUUUCAUCUCUUUAAACGAAGCAAAGAGGCAUCUUUAUAUGGUAUUAGAGAGAAAAACAGAGAGGGUAGUCAACCAUUGGCUGGGGAAUCAGCGUUAGAAGCCAGUCUGCCAAGCAACAAGACAAUAAAUGCAGUCGAAGAGGACUUUGGAGAGCCUCUUCACCCUCUCGAUGAAUUUGACAUCUGUCAUCUCAUCAAGUCAGGUAAACUUUGCCCUACUCCUGCGGAACUGCAGGACAAGUGCAAGAGCGAUGGACUCGCAAAGUUCCUUGUCCUAGUCCAAGUACUGUGGUUUAUCACUCAGUGCAUUGGACGGAAAGUCAGCGGGCUCCCACUCACAGAGCUCGAGGUCAUUACACUCGGUUACACUCUACUCACCGUGGCAAUGUAUAUUGCAUGGUGGGAUAAGCCAUACCAGGUGACAUUCCCCGUGCGCGUGUAUGAAACACUUCCAGAACGCACCGACGGUCAAGAUGAUGGUGACGCCAACCUACGGAAUACGAAGGGAAUUCCAAUGUUCCACUCUGGGUACAAAGACCAUAGAGCGGAAUCUGUCGGCAGGACAAUUAUGUUCACUGUUGGGACUUUGUUCGGUACUAUACAUUUUCUUGCGUGGUUCUCGCCCUUCCCAUCAAGUCGUAUGCAAUUCCUCUGGCGGUUUGCGACUAUUGUUGUGACUGUAGUGCCGCCUGCAAUGAUUGUCGUCGCAGGCUUAACACUGCUGGUUCACAGGCUGUUCGGGGUCCUUCUAGUGUACAUACCAAUAUUGUACCUUGUCGGGAGAGGUAUAACGAUUGUGAUGGCAUUCAAGGGGCUUGCACAUCUCCCACCUGACGCUUAUCGAGACGUCGAGUGGUCAGACUUCUUCCCUCAUAUCUAA